ACUGCCUGGGAAGCAGAAGGGGAGGGUUAGUGCGCCCUUCAGGAACCGAGGGAAACUACCACAAACAGCAGUAACUUAACCAAAUGACCAGCUUUUAAACCCCCGCCGCCCCGGCCUCCAGGACGACGUUUCUCCCCCGCUUUUCUGCUCCGUAGGACGGAGUUGGUCCUGGACUGGAGGAGGGGAGAAGCUGGGAAGUUUUUUCGGAGAGGAACGGGAAGCGCUUUGAGGAAAAAGCCCGGUUUGAAGGGCUGUGGCCAUGGCCGGGGGAGGAGGAGGUGGAGGUGGAGGGGUUUCUCCGCCGAUGUGGUACCACCGGGACCUGAGCCGCGCCGCGGCCGAGGAGCAGCUGGCCCGGGCCGGCCGGGACGGCAGCUUCCUGGUGCGGGACAGCGAGAGCGUGAGCGGGGCGUACGCGCUGUGUGUGCUGUUUCAGAAGCAUGUCCACACCUACAGAAUCCUACCAGACGAUGAGGGAUUUCUGGCAGUACAGACGUCUCAGGGCGUACAGCCUAAGCGAUUUAAAACAUUGCCAGAGUUGGUGUCGCUGUACCUGCAGCCCAGUCAGGGUCUGGUCACCACCCUGCUUUACCCUGUAGAGCGAGAGGAGACGGCCGCAUCUGACGACAGGGACUAUUCAGACGGAGAGGAUGAGAAGCCACCCCUCCCCCCUCGCUCUGCCUCCACCUCCACUCCCCCUGGACCAGACACACCCACGGAAAGCACCCCUUCAGCUAAUGGCCUAAGCACCAUUUCUCACGAAUACCUGAAAGGCAGCUACGCGUUGGACCUGGAGGCGGUCAAGCAGGGAGCCUCCUCGCUGCCUCAUCUCAACAAGACACUAGUGGCCUCCUGCAAACGCCUUAAUGGGGAGGUGGAUAAAGUUCUGUCUGGUCUGGAGAUCCUGUCUAAAGUCUUUGAUCAGCAGAGUGCUUUCAUGGUCUCCAAGAUGAUCCAGCAGUCAGUGAAUCAGGGUGGAGACCAGGAGUUGGAGAAUUUGGUGACCAAGUUGGCAAUUCUCAAAGACCUGCUGUCCUCCAUAGAGAAGAAGGCGCUGAAAGCUCUACAGGACAUGAGUUUGUCCUCUCCUUGCUCCCCUCCUCCUCUCUCCAUGCGUCACAGCAAAGCCAUUCCUGUGCAGGCCUUUGAGGUGAAACUUGAUGUUUACCUGGCAGAACUGACAAAGAUAGGAAAAAGUCAGAAGUACACUUUGUCUGUGGAUGUGGAGGGAGGGAGGCUGGUCGUGAUGAAGAAAGUGAAGGACAAUCAGGAGGACUGGACCACCUUCACGCACGACAAAAUUCGUCAGCUGAUCAAGUCUCAGCGGGUGCAGAAUAAACUGGGCAUUGUGUUUGAGAAGGAGAAGGAUAAGAGUCAGAGGAAAGACUUCAUCUUUGCUAGUGCCAAGAAGAGGGAGGCGUUUUGCCAGCUGCUGCAGCUGAUGAAGAACAAACAUUCCAACCAGGACGAGCCAGACAUGAUCUCUGUCUUCAUAGGCACAUGGAAUAUGGGCUCAGUACCUGCACCAAAGUCUGUGGCCUCAUGGGUGUUGUGUCGCGGCCUCGGGAAGACUCUGGACGAGAUGACCGUCACCAUCCCUCACGACUUGUACGUGUUUGGCACCCAGGAAAACUCGGUGUGUGAUCGGGAGUGGGUGGAGUCGAUACGUGCCGGGUUGAAGGAACAGACGGAACUGGAUUAUAAGCCGAUCGCAGUGCAGACUCUGUGGAACAUAAAAAUUGCUGUGUUGGUGAAACCUGAACAUGAGAACCGGAUCAGCCAUGUGGGGAUGUCCAGUGUGAAGACGGGCAUCGCCAACACGCUGGGUAACAAAGGAGCAGUGGGCGUCUCUUUCAUGUUCAACGGAACAUCAUUUGGCUUUGUGAACUGUCACCUGACAUCAGGGAAUGAGAAAAUUGCCAGGAGGAACCAGAAUUACCUUGAUAUCCUGCGUCUGCUGUCGCUAGGAGACAAACAGCUCAGCUCCUUUGACAUUUCCCUCCGCUUCACGCACCUGUUUUGGCUGGGAGACCUCAACUACAGGCUGGAUAUGGACAUACAGGAAAUUUUAAACUACAUCAACAGGAAGGAGUUUGAGCCCCUGCUUAAAGUGGAUCAGCUCAACCUGGAGAGGGAGAAGAAUAAAGUCUUUUUGCGCUUUGCGGAGGACGAGAUCUCAUUUCCACCGACUUACCGCUACGAACGAGGCUCAAGGGACACGUAUGUGUGGCAGAAGCAGAAGGCCACAGGGAUGAGGACGAAUGUUCCAUCCUGGUGCGACAGGAUCCUGUGGAAGUCAUACCCCGAAACACACAUUGUCUGCAACUCCUAUGGCUGUACAGACGACAUCGUCACCAGUGAUCAUUCCCCUGUGUUUGCAACGUUUGAAGUUGGAGUGACCUCCCAGUUUGUCUCCAAGAAAGGUCUGCCAAAGUCCUCGGAACAGGCCUACAUUGAGUUUGAGAGCAUUGAGGCCAUAGUGAAGACCGCGAGCAGGACUAAAUUCUUCAUUGAAUUUUACUCUACAUGUCUGGAAGAAUUUAAGAAGAGUUACGAGAACGACAGUCAGAACAGCGACAACAUCAACUUCCUGCGCGUAGGCUGGUCCAAUAAGCAGCUCACAACACUCAAGCCACUUCUGUCAGAAAUCGAGUACCUGCAGGACCAGCAUCUGCUGCUAACAGUGAAAUCAGUGGAUGGAUACGAGUCUUACGGAGAGUGUGUAUUGGCCCUUAAGUCAAUGAUUGGCAGCACAGCACAGCAGUUCCACACUUACCUGUCCCACCGAGGUGAAGAAACAGGAAAUAUCCGGGGGUCCAUGAGGGUCAGAGUCCCCUCUGAGAGGAUGGGAACCAGGGAGCGACUAUAUGAGUGGAUUAGUGUGGACAAGGAUGAGACGGGUGGACCAAAAGGGAAAUCCACAAUGCUUUCCAGAUCUGGGCAUGAAUAUGUGAAGCCUUCUGUGCUUCGAAAACAGCUUGGAGAGCUGGGAAAGGUCAGUGAGGAGGGAGAAAAAAGCAGCAAGGAGGAAACUGCUGCAAGACCCAAACAGGAUGCAUCAGAUGGCGAUCCAUCCAUCAGCAAGAACAGCUACAAUAAUCCUGCCUACUACAUCCUGGAGGGUGUUCCCAACCAAUCAGCUGCAGCGGUUUCUCCUGAGCUUCUCACAUCUCCUACCUCCACAAACCCCCAGGCACUAAAAGCCCCCGCUCCCUCAGCGGGGGCCCGAACCAAACCCAGCCCUGCAAGCUCAGGGCCCCCCCACCCACGCAGACCCGUGGCAGGACACCCAGCCCGGGCCAUCAGCGAGGAGGGCUCCUCAGAGGACGAUGGCAGUGCCUGCGUGGGAGGGGCACAAGGGGGGGGUGUUGCGGGAACAGUUGGAAGCACGCUUAACCGACCCCCUCCAGACUUCCCUCCUCCUCCACUCCCCAAAGGAGCCCUGGAGAUGGUUGCAGAGGCCCCGUUCAACAAACCACGUGCUCUUUAUCCCGACCUGGCCGAGGUCAGGAUCCCGCCAGCCGGUGCUGGUGGGCCACUCAGUGACGGCUUUAGGCGAGGAGGAGGAGGAGGAGGGGGAGGAGGAGCAGGUGGAGGAGGAGGAGGAGGAGGUGUCGGAGCAGGAGCGUUGGACGAUCAGUCGUGCUCCGUGCUCCAGAUGGCAAAGACCCUGAGUGAGAGUGAAUUUCCUGGACAGCCUCCUCGUGCGCCAUCAGCACCUCCGCCUCUUCGUGGGCAGCCAAUGGGUUUAGGUCUGGACGCCUGCCGCACCUUCCCCCCCAGAAACCCCAUCACGGAGAGUAUUGCAGAGGACAUGCCAGAGGAAGCACUUUGGGGCAGCAGUAGUUCAUCUUUGUCUGUGGGCGAAUCUUCAGUCGGGGAGUGGCUACAGAGACUGGGCCUGGAGAGGUAUGAGCAGGGCCUUCUACACAACGGCUGGGACGACCUGGAGUUCCUCAGUGACAUCACUGAGGAAGACCUGGAGGAAGCCGGGGUGCUCGAUCCCGCCCACAAGCGAAUCCUGCUGGAGAGCCUCAGGCAGCAGCAGCAGCAGCCGCAGCAGAAGUAGUGAACGGUUCCAGCUCCGAACCACACCUUGUCCAGAGAAGCCGGAUCUUAGUUGAACUGAACUGAACUGAACUGAACUGAACUGAUCUGAACUGAUCUGAGCUGGAACGUGCCAACAGAUACCAGACUGUGCCUUCUGAGAGAAAUUGCACUCAAUUUGUUCUUUCAAAAAACACUUGCUAAACCAAUGUCCUUUUUCAUUUGUACUGUAUGCGUGUGUCCGUUGUCAUAUGUGUGGUCUUAUUUAAUGAUAAUCAUUUCUGUCAUUCAAGCAUCACUACAUAUAACCCCUGGCUGUAAAAGCAGGGAUGACAUUAUGCCCUUUGCCACACUCGUUUAGACACACGACCGAUGUCCUGAUGGAGGCGCAGGUGUGUUGUACCGUCACAUUUGACCUGUAGCUGUAAGAUGGAAUUUAAAGUUUGUUUGUUUGAGGCGUUUUUUCCUUCUGAGAGCUGAGGAGCGUCAGACUUUCACAUUCAAGCUCAAAACAUUUUUCCCUUUUUUUGUUUUAUUUUGGGGGGGGAGAAAUGGGUGGAACAGAAAAAGUCCUGCAGCUGCCUUUUGUGAUGACGGGAAAGAGGUUAAGAACUCUGGUUCAAGUCUUUUCAAGUCGUUAUUUUGUGAUGAUGUCUGGGCCACUGUUUAUUAAAUGGUGGCCUGUGAUGAGUGCAAGUAUUUAUGAUUUGAUUUAUUAUUUUUGAAUAUUAUAAAGGGAAUAUUAUGGAAACCAAAUUAAUACUUUUACAGUCAUAAGUGUGUACUUUGCACAACACUUUCAUGAUUGGAGGUUUUUUUCUCCUUUCAUUGACACUGACAUUUCUGGGGGGGGUUUUCCACACAGUUGCAUAUUACAAUAGGUUGAUUAUAUUUGUUGAAGUUGUAAGUAUUCCUAUUGUUUAUGGUCAAUCAGUGGACAUGGCUACAGAAUCACAAAUAUGCACAAGGUAAUAAAUGCUGGACCAAGGUUAGAAUAUGGCUGAAAAGUACUAUUUCUCAUACUCACCCUGUCUGUGAGGAUGUUGAAUUUAAAUAUAUGUAGAUGUCCUCUUAUUUUUUCUCUCUUUAAAAAUGUGACUCAGGUUUCUUGGGGGCUUGAAUUUCAUUUUGACUCAUUCUAAUUUUGAAGGGGUCUAAAUGGAGUAGCAAUCAGGGAACUGGUUACCACAGAAUAGCUUUAAUGAUGGUUACUCUGCUGAUGAUUUAAUAAGCCUUCAUAUCGUCACCAAACCGUUUCCUGUAACAGGAUGCUGAUCUGAUUUGGUUCUUUUAUUACAUGACUAGAGACAUUGACUUGUUUUUCCAUCGUGACACAUUUUGUACACACGGGAGAAGAUGUCACCUGGUGUAACUCAUGAUGAGCAGAAAGGUCUGCAGGACACAUGCUGCACGUUGAGAGGAUGCUUGUUCCUAGAAGUCACCAGCAGGGGGUGCUGUUACUCCGUAGACAUGGGGAACAAAGGAGCUUCUCCUCUUCACUUUUAAGUCAACAACUACCUUGUGUCUUGUUUGAAAGCUUUGUCCGACACCUUUGUAUCGGCACUAAAUUUGAAUAUUUUUUCUCAUCUGUAAAUCAUAGCUGAUUGUGAUAACAGCUUCAUUUCUGCCUCCGAAAUAAUCUGCUUUUGCUCCAAACUUUCUUUGUGACCCAGUCAUUUUCUAGAUUUAUUUUGCUCACCAACAAAAUUAGAUUGAACUCCAUUCAUCUGUUACAGGUGGUGCAUUCUGCCUGAUAUCUUAAACAGCGAAACAAGCGCAGAGAAUUUGGAUGUUCCAUUCGGAUAAAUUCAGUGUAAUGUGUCUUGAAGCCCACCGGUGUUCUCAGUGGUGUGUGUAAGUGUAUAUGUAUGUAUGUAUGCAAAAGAGACGUACCGUUAUUAUCUCUGACACUCCAUUUUGUCUACAUGUAGUCUUCUGUUUCAGUUUCUAUUAAGUUAAUGUAAAAUUGUCACCCUUGUAUUUAACUUUUUCAAGUAAAGUCUAAUAUCUUUCCCUACGUUA